GGAGCAAAACCCUAACCUUCUCGGCGGCGGAGGAAGAUGGAUGACGUGGAUCUGGAGGCGAAGGCGGGUGGGAACGACCACGGCCACAAGAGGUCUGAUCCAGAUCCGGAGAAGGCAGUGGGUCAAGUGUUCCAGGGCGGCGAUGCUAAGAGGCUUCGUGAGCGCCACAACGGCGACAUACUCAGCGCCAUGGAGACGGACGAAGACGAGGAGGAGAUGGGGCCAGAGCGUAUCUUUGAGAUUUACCGCAAGGAUUGGCUCAUGAUGUGGGGCAGAAACGGUGCCAGAUCCUUCGAGGCCGAGACCGAGUUCCCUCCCAUGCGCUACACAGACAUACCGGUACUGCCAUUAAAUGCUAGAUUUGGUGAUACUAUGGAGGUCUUCUUCAUCAAGGUGACUCAGAUCAGCAGCGACUUCCAAUGGCCACUAGAUGUCCACGGCUAUGUUGCUGUUCGUGAUUCCUUAGACAAUAAACGUAACUACCUCUUCCGUCGAGGCAGAGAUAAUUGCCAGACCCUCACCUCUCCUCAGGAUUCCCUUUUGGAACUUACCGGUCCUAGCCGCGCCAUCCUGCUGUGGGAUGAGCCUGUUUUUGAGAUUGACCUGAAAGUGAAGGACAAAGGGAGUUCAUCAUCUGAAGAUGACAAGAUUUUAUGCUUGGAUUUCUUUGGGUACAACAACAUUUGUUACAGAGGCACUCUCAGUUACAUCAGAACUAAAGUGGUUUCAAGCAAGCAUAGCACAUUGGAGGUCAGGUUUGCUCAUCUCAAAUGCUCCGUCGAGGCGACCAUCACAGCUCGCAUCAGCAAGGGAUCAGGCAACUUCAGUGCGCGCCUCACUGCCUGCAACUCGAGCAUUGGUGAGGAUGUGGUGCUGCUGGACACCCGAGGCCAGGAGGUGUCUGUCGGCAAGGAUGGGGAGGUUACAUUGCAGCGCCGUGUUGUUGUUGUGGAGGAGAAGGCUCAACUGAUCCUUGGCAUCAAGGCUGAACAGCUAGGUGACACUGCUGACAGCAGCACUAAGCUUGAGAAGAAGUUUGGUUUUUAUGCCAAGUCUGCACUGAGAAAUGAAGGCUAUUUUCACAUUGGAUCCUCAAGCCUGCAUAUGCUGGUCGCAUGGUCACUUCUUCCUUAAAUUACUUUGGAAUUGGUACUGUUUCAUCAUACCAACAUGACUUAUCUAGUGAUGACCUGGUAAACGGGUGUGUUGCUUCCUUUUUAUAUAUAUAUAUAUACACACACACAUGUAAUGUUUGAGUGUUUGAGAUGAUGAACGUUUCGAGAGAAAGAAGUACUUCACCCGCUCUGUUGGGCU